AUGGCAACCUCGUCAACGCCGAGUAUCUACAAAGCCACAGCCCAGAGCAUUGAAGCCGAGAAACGAUGGACACAACGACUGAACCUCUUCCUGAGCCCUUUCUGGAUAGUCGCAGUAGCAUUCGCCAUGCUGAGCGGUAUAAUGCACCAUUGGAACGACAUUGAUUACCUCCUCUUCUCAAUAGCAGUUGCCACGCCACCUGUACUAUUCCCAGCGCUUUUAUCGAAAAAGAUUGGCCGUCCAUGGUAUCGCAGGUACUGGUUCAAGCUGAACGUCUGGGUAGCGGUGAUUGUAUGCUUGGGAACAUAUUUCACAUCGCACUACUUCUUUGAUCUCAUGGGAAUGAGAUACAAGUUUCCUUGCAAGUGGAACUUUAGCUCUGCCGUCGUUGGAAGAACUGGUGGUCAAGUUCCUGUGUUUUUGUACCCUCUUACACACGCGUACUUUAUGACAUACUAUACAGUUCUCAUGGUCGCAGAGAAAGCAGUUGUUCAGGUCUUACAACCCGGCCAUUUUGGUAGGGUUGUUGUGGUAGUAGCCCUUUCUUAUGGCGUUGCGCUUGGAGAAACGUUCUUCAUGGCGAGUCCCCUUCUUUCGGAUUGGUUUUACUAUGAGAAGACAGAUCGAAUGAUGACGGUUGGGUCUUUGGGAUAUAUGGCUUUCUUUGUUACAGGGCUGCCUAUGGUUGGGCGUAUCGACGCGAAAGGUGAAGAUUGGCCUCUGAGUCGAGUUGUCAUCGAGGCUCUUGCAACGUUCAUGUCGGUUCUGGUAUUGUUUGAGGUCUGGGCAAAGGUGGUUGGUCCUCUAUGA